AUGAAUCUAAUAAGACGACAAAGGUUUACUCCUUGUUAUUCAGUAUUAGUUCGUAAAUUAUCUAAUGUCAGUCCAAACCACAAUAUCAAUGUGAAGUUUGAGGACAAAACUGGAGUGCUAAAUUUAGGUGAAGGAGAGAAAAGGUUUAGUAAUGAGUUCAUGAAGGACUUUCAUUUGGCGUUGGAUGAAGUAGAAAGCAACACAGAAUGUAAAUCUCUCAUUACCACAGCAGAUGGAAAGUUUUUCUCAAAUGGUCUUGAUUUAGAUUUUUUAUUGAAACAAGAUGAUAAUGGAACAAGGAAAUAUUUUAAAGAUGUGAGAAAAUUAUUUGAAAGAAUUUUAACUUUUCCAGUACCAACCCUUGCUGCCUUAAAUGGACAUAGUUUUGCUGCUGGAGCUAUCCUUGCCUUUUCACAUGAUUUUAGAUACAUGAGGAAGGAUAGAGGAUGGAUUUCAUUAAAUGAAAUUUUUAUUCACUUACGAUUUCAUCAUUUCUUAUUCAUGAUCUUAAGGGCGAAAAUACCACCAGGACAAGCUCAAAAUGAAGCUAUUAUAUAUGGUAAAAGAUUUACUGGACCUGAAGCUAAAGACUAUUGUCUGAUAAAUGCUGUAGUUGAUCAAAAUAAUCUACUCUCCGAUUCUAUUAACCUAAUGAAAAUGUUAGAGAAUAAUAAUUAUAAGAGAUCAUCUAUGAACAUUAUGAAAUGUGAUUUAUAUAACGAUAUUUUAUCAGCAUCAGAUGACUAUUAUAAAUAUAAGUAGUCACAUAUUUCUUGAUAUUUCUCAGGGAAACAGAAUUUGUAGAUCAUGAAAGCAGUUGAAUUAUCACUUAAAUGUAUUUCUCUGUAAAAUAAAUUAAUAUUUGAAAUCAGA